AUGUCCGACGACGGCUAUUCAGAUACAUACUCGGACGACUUCGCCCAAUACGACGACUAUUACGAGGAUGACGACCUGGUACCGCCUCCCCCGCCCCCGGCAGGGUCAAGGCUAACUAACAUUUAACUAAAACAAGGCAGCCCUAGUAGACGCCAUGGCCGAAACCGCCUUCGCCCAGGGCGACCCUAUAUGGGACGAGUUCGACGUUGAUUACGACACCACGGAGUACCAUUCCGAUUGGGAAGAGUAUUAUUCCGAUGGAGAAUUUUAUGAGGAGGAGGUUGUUGUUCCGAGCAUGGCUGGUGGUGGCGGGAAGGCUGGUGGGGUGGGCGGGAAGAAGAAUGAGGUUGCGGGAGCUGGUGUAGUGGAGAGAGGAAGGGGAGGGGGGAGGAGAAUGCCCCCGAGGAAAAGGAGGAAGAUUGAAGAGAAGGGGGUUGGGAUUGUCGGGGUUAGUGUUGGGGCCACAUUGGCGGGGGCGGGAGAGGAUGAAACGGAGGAUGGGGGGAGGGGGAAGGAGGGAACCACGGGAGCAAGUCCUAUCACUACCACCGGGGGUAGGGGAAAUGCUACAGUCAUCGUACCCGUGGUCAAGGAAGAAAAGAGGAACGGCACAGUCAUCAUCGAGGGGGAGAGGGGUAGUCCCGCAAAGGCCGAGCGAGGUGCGGAAGUGCCAAAGCUCGAUACUAGAAAGCGGAAACCCUCCACCGAGGGGAAUGAGACUCUUUCAACCGACUGA